AUGGUAAAAACACUAUACGCAGUAACCGCGUUGUUAUUGCUUAACCCUACCCUGUCCGUCUGCGGUGGCCCCAAUUCUCGAGCAGUAGAAAAGAUAAGGGCUGACUUCAGACUCCCUGGCUUCGCUGUUGGGCUGUUUAAGAAUGGAUACUUACAGUACGAGGUUACUGGGCGACGCAAAAACACAGAACCUAUUCCCAUCAAACGUACGGACAAGUUCCAUCUGGGGUCCAUUACAAAAGCAAUGACUGGCACACUUAUUGGAAUGAUGGUUGACAGAGGACUGAUCAACUGGACCAGCACUCUUCCGGAGGUGCUGCCUGAUUUUACCAAUAUGAUGCAUGAUGAUCACCGGAAUACAACCAUUGGCAUGCUUGGGGCGCACAGAUCAGGCAUUUUUGACGACUACUCAAAGGAUCCCGACUUCUAUCUUGGCCUCUACAACCUUGACCCUGUCGAAGGCCGGAAAGAAAUGAUAAAUCAUACGCUCAGCAAGGAACUAGGGACUAUCAAGGGUCAAUACGCAUACGAUAACACCAACUAUGUGAUUCUCGGCCGGAUCAUCGAAAAUUUCUUGGGAGUCGAAAAUGGCGCAUCCUGGGAGCAGAUCAUCACGACUGAACUUUUCAACCCUCUCAGAAUGAAGUGUGGGUUUGGGACUCCCCAUCAAUCCUCAGAGACAUCCAUCGAUAACCCCUGGGGCCAUUAUUUCUAUAAUUCUUCAUCUAAUCCUGAACCUGUGGGUGGUCCUUUGAUUAGACGAGAUAACCCACCUGCCCUUGGUCCCGCGGGCACCGUUCACUGUGAUAUUAAAUCAUAUGUGAAAUUUUCUAAAAUGCAUAUUGAUGGAUUCAACGGUGGACGCACAAAACUCGGGAUAAGUAACGAAACCCUUAAGAUGCUGCAUACACCUUAUCCGUCCACAGAUGGAGUGAUGUAUACACCUGGGGGCUGGAUCUAUGCCAACGAUACCACGACUCCGUGGACUAAUGGGCCAACUUUGGGACAUGAGGGAUCUAACACGUUAAAUCAUGCCUUGGUAUUUCUUGUUCCCAAACGUGGACCGACUGGAGAGAUAAUCACUGCUUUUGCGAAUACUGGGAAUUAUAUCGCUGAGAAAGGUACAGCACCAGCAGCAGAUGCCAUGUAUACUGCUGUUUCGGAUAUUAUGGAAGGGCGCCUGUUCAAGUGA